AUGUCAGGCGAAUCUCCCGAGGCCAAGGAGAAGCGCCUCGUGGGGACCGUCCAGAUUCGGAUCCUCGAGGCCUCGAACAACGAGGAGAAGCUCAACGAGUUGUUGGCCAAGUACCUCUGCGCGUUGCUGCUCAAGGCUAAGAGCGACUACGGUGCAGUUCGCAGUGAGGUGAUUACAUUUGCCGGUAAACUGAAAGGCCUGAUCAUUCACCCAAGCAUCAUUCUCCCGGUUGAGAAACUCAUCGACCAGUACCAGGAUGCCGAUUCACCUAUCCUUCGCGUCCUAGAUAUUUCUUUCAUUCAGCACAGCAUCCUGCGACUCGAGGAUUAUGACAGACGUCAUCUGUUUCCCAAAGUGACAAAGGGCAUCUCAUUACCCAAGCAUGCAGCCACUCAAGCAGCAAUUUUCAAUGUCCUCUUGAAGAUCAUCCCAGAUAUCCAGGUGCCAUCUCGCGGCAGUGAAGAAGACGCGGCCUUCAGAGAAGCUAGCGGUCUUUCCAAAGAUGCAGACGCCAUCUUCGUCGCAAGAUGGUUGGGUAAAGUACUCCUCCUCAGAAUCCCGGGUGGUCCGAACCCAACUCGACAAGACUUUGAGAGGAUGAAUCCGGCUCUACUUGCGGCAGAUCUGGACUUCUUAAAGCCCGAGCAGCGCGAUAGUGCAUCUGCAUUCCAGAACAUGCAGGCCCUCCGGCGCAAGAUUGCCCAGCUUUUGGCCAGCGGCGCAUUCAGAGACGAGGAGAGACUUUUGCCCGCCUUGUCUGCAGCAGCGAGCCCCGAUUAUCAAGUCUCACAAGCCGGCGAGGACAUUCUGAAGAGAAUCACCAUAGAUUUCGAGAAGGCAUCGGUCAUUGAAGAGCUGUAUAAUGCACACGCCCGACUCCCUGCGCCUCAUCGGAUCAAAAUUCUCCCUCUAUUGUCCAAGUCGAAGCUUGCUACUACGAUGCAGGAUAAUAUCAUGAACGUUGUUCAGCUCGACUUUGGUACAGAGACUUCAUCCAUUGCGCCAGCUCAUUUACAAGCAGCCAGUGGCCUCGAGCGUACCAGACUUCACAAAGCCCUCUUCUACUUCCUCAACUGGUGCGCCAACAUUGGACCGACCCAAGCCCCGUUCACCAUUGGCCCCAGAUUGAUUGACAAGAUGCGGACAUACGUGGAAGAUCAAGGCUGGCCCGUUUCACGCACACUGACGGCUGACGAAGAGAAGCUUCGUUCCAUGGCCUAUGACCUGCUUGGUGUUCUCGGCGCAGGCAGUGCCUCCAGCGUGCAAGACAAGCUCCAUCUCGUCGGCUGGCUCUUUAGAUCUAUGUCUGAGGAUCCCACUGCAGAGGCGGUUUCUGCGAUCGAGGGUUCGCUUUCGGGACUAACCAGAAGCUUCGACCCCAAGAUAGUCAGCGGCGACGGCCGCGGCAGCGGAAUGAUCAACCUCAUUUCCCUGCUCCUGCACUAUAUGAAUCUACCCGAGGAGAACCCCGCCGUGCGAAGCGCAAGAUUCUCAGCUGUGAAGUGGGCGAACCAGACUAUUGCAUCUUGGGAUGUGCGAGGUAGAUGGAUCGAUAUCCUGGCCAUCGCCGGCCGUAAGUCAGAGCGCACUGAGGUCGUCGAGGAAGGCAAGAAGGGUUUGGAUCCCUGGACUUAUAGGGACGCCGAAGCGCACAAGAUGCCGGACUGGAUUCAGCUCAUGACCUACUUCUUCUGCGACAAGAUCUCUGAUGAGAUCUCUAGUGACGAAUGGAGUAGCUCAGCGCCGCCGAAGCUUGACUUUGACGAUGCACGAACGAUGCAGAACUUCCAAGGCGAAAAGAUGAUGGCCUACUCCGUUGCUGUCGAGUACGUCAAGAGGGCCCUGUUCAUCGCUGCACUUCCAGACUUUCCUCUGGUCCCCGACUGGAGUUCUCAGCUUGACACUCUUGUUCGAAACGACGUCAAGACUCGGGAAACCAUCAGAGCCUACUUUCGCUCUGUUGAGCCGGAGUACAUUGGUCUCUUUAUCAAGAUCUGCUUCGACGGUGUUCGUCAUCUGAAGAACCUGGAUGGAACCGACCGUGUCGUGGAGAGCUGUCUGAAGUCCAUGGUUGACGUCGCAUCGCUCGCUCCCGCUGGCACGAUCAACUACAUCGCCCCCUCGGCGUACUUCCUGCAGAAAUGCAUUACUUCGAAUAACCGGCACACCCGUGCCGCCGCCGCACAAGCUGUCGGAAUUCUCCUUCCUCAUCCCCUUAACGAGGUGGACUUGGCGAUUCCCGAGGCAGUACCUCAUCAAACGAGGAAUGAAAACAUUCAAAAGUUUCUGAGAGAUCUCAAGGCAAUGAUCUGGGGAUGGGACAAGCACGUGGGAGCGGUCGCCAACGGCGUUGAAGGCGCCCUGCAGGCAUUCGGUCACAUCUUUUCGAGAGCCGUGUACUACGGUCUUCCGAUCCCCAUCGACGUUCAUCUGCCGGCAAAGAUGCUCAUGGACAAAGCUCGUCACGGUCCGGCCCUGGAGAAUGCCAUUCUCGAGUGCUACGCAGAACUCUGGACUGCGGGACUCUCUCAAUACAUCCCGGACAACGUUAACAACCUUACGGCGGAUUAUGUGAUUGAGAGACUGACGGAAAACGCAAAUGCUGGGAGCGACAAGUCCAUCUUUGCACUCGGUCGCCUUGCCUUGGCGUUCAAUGAACCUAACGAAGAGGCCACUCCCGAGGACGGCCUGCUGUACCCGUCUAGCAAGACAUCAGGCAUCGAUGGCGUCUUGAAAAGCCUUUUCGGACUUCAUUCCAGGAAGGAGACCGAGAUUCAGUUCACCGUCGGCGAGGCCAUUACUGCCGCCAUCGCCUGCUGGGAAUCAGACUUUGUCAAGCUAUCCAUGAAUGUCGAUUGCACCGAUGGUCCCUGGAGAAAGGGCAAGCGCAGCCAGAGAAUUACCACCGUGCUUGACAAACUCUUCAGAGACUGCAAGACCACCAAGCCUAGCUUGCUCAAGGCCUCGGGUAUCUGGCUCUUCUGCAUCGUUCAGUACUGCGGACAUCUCGACGAAGUUCAGUCCCGACUCCGAGAGGCUCAGGCUGCCUUUAUGAGACUUUUGAGUGCGCGAGACGAGUUGGUGCAGGAGACUGCGUCCCGUGGCUUGUCUCUGGUGUACGAGAAGGGAGACGAGGGAUUGAAACAGGAUCUUGUCAAGGACUUGGUGUCGGCCUUCACCGGCAACACGACGCAGAUCAAGGUCGAGGACGAGACGGAGCUUUUCGAGCCGGGUGCUUUGCCUACUGGCGAGGGCAAGUCUGUCACAUCGUACAAGGAUAUUGUCAGCCUGGCGAAUGAAGUCGGUGAUCAGAGCCUCGUCUACAAGUUCAUGUCGCUUGCGACCAACGCCGCGACCUGGUCCACGCGAUCCGCCUUUGGCCGCUUCGGUCUCAGCAAUAUUCUCUCCGAGUCAGAGGUCGACCCUAAGCUAUACCCCAAGCUGUUCCGAUACCGCUUCGACCCGAACUCCAAUGUUCAGCGAUCCAUGGACGAUAUUUGGAAGGCCUUGGUGAAGAACCCGAACGAGACGAUUAGCGACCACUUUGAUCCCAUCAUGCAGGAUCUCCUAAAGAACGUCCUGGGCAAGGAAUGGCGGGUUCGACAGGCCAGUUGCGGUGCCAUUUCCGACCUCAUUUCUGGGCAGCCCUUCCACAAGUAUGAGAAGUACUACGCCGAUAUCUGGACUGCGGCACUCAAGGUCCUCGACGAUGUCAAGGGAUCCGUCAGAGAAUCUGCCCUGAAGCUGUGCAUGGGUCUGACCAAUACCAUUGUCCGCCAACUCGAAGAGGGCGGCUCCUCAUCAUCGGCGCAGGCCAUGCUGAAGCAAGCGCUUCGUUUCCUCCUCUCGCCCAGCGGUCUCGAGAGCGGCGUUGAAGAUGUCAAGAUGUUCUCGCUCAAGACCAUCAUCGACAUCACGAAGAAGGGUGGUCCUAACCUUAAGCCUUUCAUCGUCGACUUCAUCCCUCCCCUUCUUGGUCUCCACAGCACAAUCGAGCCGGAGCAGAUCAAUUACGCCUAUCAAAAGGUCAACGAGGACUCCCGCGACCAGCUCGACAAGAUCAGAGCUCGAUGGGUCAACCAAUCGCCCAUCUCAGAAGCCAUCGACAAUUGCCUUCGGCAGCUGGACGCCGACGGUAUGAAGCAGCUGGCGCCGAAGCUCGAGGAGAUUAUCAAGACGGCCAUUGGCAUGCCGACAAAGAUUGCGUGCGCUAGACUCAUUGGCGAUUUGGUCAUGCGCCACGCCGUUGACUUCAAGCCGGUCUCGGCCAAGUUUAUGCAGAUGAUGGAGAAGCAGGCCCUCGACCGCAACGACGAAGUUAGCAAGGGCUACGCUCGCGCCGUGGGAUACCUCAUGCGGAUCGUGCCCGACGCAGCUAAGGAGCGCCUCGUCGACAAGUUCACGGAGCUCUACUUCACCAGCGAAGACGAGGCCCGCCGUGCCAAAGUGUCCGAUGUCGUUCUGGGCGUCUCCAAGCUGGCCCCUGACCACUUCAACGCCUUGUCUUCCAAGUUCAUUCCCUUCACCUACAUGGGCAUGCACGACACCGACGAGUAUACCCGAAAGUGUUUCGACGAGGUCUGGAACCAGCAUGGCGGCAGCUCCCGUACCGUCGCACGCUACGUCCCCGAGAUUGUAGGCUUCAUCAAGAGAGGUCUCGAGGCGCCGCGAUGGAACCUCCAGCACACAGCCGCCUUCAGUAUCGCGAGCAUGAUCAAGGCCGUCGUCGCCUCCAGCGAUGCCACCGGUGGACAAAUGUCCGAGGCCAACCUCAAGCUCAUCUGGCCCGUCCUCGAUAAGGCGCUCGCGCUCAAGACUUUCCCUGGCAAAGAGAAGGUUCUGGAGUCCUUCCCGCAGUUCGUCGGCAAGGGCAAGACUCUCUGGCAAAACGAUUCGGCCGUCGCCGCACAACAGCAGAAGAUUGCGAUCCGCGAGGCCAAGAGGAACAAUGAGGACUACCGCCCGCACGCCUUCAAGGCUCUCUGGCAGUUUGCCGAGCAGCGUGACGACCUGGAUCUCCUCGAGACCAUCUCUACCAUAGUCAGCGGGCCUCUGGACGACUUUAUCGACGAGGAUCGAAUGGAUGUCGACAGCUCCGGCGACACGACUCGCAAGGCGGCCGUCAACGGCGUCGAGACGGUCGCGCGAGGCUACAACCGCAAGCAGAUCAAGGAGAACCCCAGCGCCGUCCUCAAGAAGGUCUUUGAGCUGCUCAAGACGUAUCUCGACAACGCCAAGUUCGAGGGGAUCAAGCGCGAGGUGUGGUACGAGUGCGUUAGGGACAUGAUGGAGGCUGCGCCCGCGCCCGCCCCCGACGCCCCCGCGGAGGAGAAGGAGGUCGCUCUGGCGUACCUCCGGAGCCUGGACCCCGAGUCCAUCGACAACGGCACCGAGGCCCAGCGUACGAUGCGGGUCCUCGCCGUCGGCGGGGUAUUCAAGGCCAUCCAGCGCGGGGUGUUUGGGGAGGGAGCGGCGGCGGCGGAGGAGAGGAAGGGGUUUGUGGAGAUGGUGAAGGGGGCUCUGGCGGCGGAGAGAUCCCUUGAGGUGCAGAAGCACCUCAAGGAGAUCCUCGCGGAGCUGGAGAAGUAG